GUGGUACGGCCCCGCCCCGGGGCGGCCCCGGCCCGGCCCGGCCCCGCCGCCGCUCCCCGGCCCGGCCCCGGGCCCGGUACGGCCGCUCGGGGGGAGCCGGGGCUGGCCCGGGCUGUGGGGAAGCUGCCGAGGUCAGCGAGACCCUGGUUUAAGAGCCUUCGGUUCCCGGGCAGCGACAGCUUCCUGGCGUGAGGAGGGGAUGAGCCUCCUGCGGCGGGGGAUGUGCGAGGGCUCCGCGGCGGCGUCGCUGCCCCGGUAGGUUCAGGGACCGAGCGGAGGGAGCCGGGCAGAGCCGAGACCGCCGGCGGGGACCCCUUCGCAGCUCCUUCAACGUCCUGAGCCCGUCCGACGCCUCGCUCCGGCUUUUCCCUCCGCGCCUCGCACGGUGCCAGGCUGCUCAGGAUGUGGUGCAGGAGGCUGGCGUGUCUGUCCAAGGUGCCGUGCCAGCUGAGUGGAAGCGCUAGACGUCGCUCGCCGUGGCUGCCCCGUGACAGAAGGACCGUCCUCGCUGCUGCGGCUCGCUGGCAUCACACAGCCCCAGAGUCCCUCAAGUGUGCCUGGCAGUUACACGGUGACCAUCUAGAGCUCAGGUACGCGAACACGCUGAUGCGACUCGAUUUCGUCUGGCUGCGGGACCACUGCCGCUCGGCUUCCUGCUACAAUGCCAAGACGAACCAGCGCAGCUUGGACACGGCUAGCGUGGACCUGGGAAUCAAACCCAAGGCUGUCCGAGUGGAUGAGACCACACUCUUCCUCACGUGGCCGGACGGGCACGUGACGCGGUACGGGCUGGAGUGGCUGGUGAAGAACAGCUAUGAGGGGCAGAAGCAGCAGGUCAUGCACCCGCGCAUUCUCUGGAACGCAGAAAUCUACCGCCAAGCCCAGGUCCCCUCCGUCGACUGCCGGAGUUUCCUGGAGACAGACGAGGGGCUGAAGGAGUUCCUGCAAAACUUCUUGUUAUACGGGAUUGCUUUUGUAGAGAACGUCACUCCCACCAAAGAGGACACACAAAUCUUAGCGGAAAGGAUCAGCUUAAUCAGGGAGACCAUUUACGGUAGGAUGUGGUACUUCACCUCCGACUUCUCUCGGGGAGACACCGCCUACACGAAGCUGGCUCUGGAUCGUCACACCGACACAACCUACUUCCAGGAGCCCUGCGGCAUCCAGGUGUUCCACUGCCUGAAGCACGAGGGCACAGGCGGGCGGACGCUGCUGGUGGACGGUUUCUACGCGGCAGAGCAGGUUCUCCGGCAAGCCCCUGAUCAGUUCGAGCUGCUCAGCAAGGUGCCGUUGAAGCACGAGUAUGUUGAGAACGUGGGAGACUGUCACAACCACAUGAUUGGAGUUGGGCCAGUCCUCAACGUCUAUCCCUGGAACAACGAGCUUUAUCUGAUCAGAUACAAUAACUAUGAUCGUGCUGUCAUCAACACUGUGCCUUACGACGUUGUGCAUCGCUGGUACGCUGCUCACCGCACACUCACCACAGAGCUCAGGAGACCAGAAAAUGAACUGUGGGUCAAACUGAAACCGGGCAAGGCGCUGUUCGUAGAUAACUGGCGCGUCCUGCACGGCCGGGAAGCGUUCACGGGGUACCGCCAGCUCUGCGGCUGCUACCUGACGAGAGAUGAUGUGCUGAACACCGCGCGCUUACUGGGACUCCAAGCUUAGCCCGGACCACGCUCCGAAGAGGCAGCCAGACCUCGAGCGCCACCGCGCUGGUGCGUCGCCACGAUGAAGAUGUUGCACAUACCUCAGACACCUCCGCCCUCUCCAAACAGUUCUCGGUGCCUGCUCAGGAGAGGGAGCAGGUGGAAGCCAAAGGCUACGGGAGCUUUAUGGGACCAUAUUCUGCCUUUGAGCAUGGUCGGCUCUUGCUGUCCGUGCACCCAGCCUGGUCUUUCCAGUUAGUCUGUCUCGGCUCUGCUGAGUAAGGGUUAAUCACACCACGGGAAGUGCUCCCAGCACCUAUUGAUGUGAAGUGUUCCUCUAAUCAAGUGCCUUCAGGAUUUAAAAUCUUUGUAUUUUUCCCUGUUGCUCAGCCUUUUUGCCAGCUGGUGGUUCUAAUUUUUGUUUUUUUAGCAGAGGAGAAUGGAAAUCUCUGGGGUCUUGUCUCACCCCAGCCUGGACUUUAGCCCGUCUAGAGAAAAUGAAAAUCUAUGGUCCCUACUUGAUGAAGAUGUCACUACUCAAACUGAGGGCUGUUGGCAUAUUUCACUGACUACUUCUUAAACAUACUACGUACGCCUGAAAGAGUCGCUGAUACAAGCUGUGCUGCUUGAGAGAUGGCCUGGAAAGAGAACCUGGUUAUAGUUAGGGUAUUUCUGAAGGGGUUUAGGUUAGAAGGAAAAGGGGGAAGUAGCAAGAUCUGCAUGUUGGGAAGGAGAGAUGACUGUGUUAGAUGAGGGAGGUAUUUCUCAUGUUUCCUUGAUGUCCAGUAACAUAAUGCUUCUUUCUGCCUGUUGCACUGUGCUUGUAUCAAGGGCGAAGGCUCAGCAGCUACAGUAUUUGCUGACAAGUUCCGACUGUGCCUGUUCUUUCGUCUUUUCUGAAGAAGGGGUUUGUGUUAGGACAUCAUUACACUGGCUGCUGGAUGAGGCUGACUGUUGGGGUUUGGUUUUUCGGGGUUUUUUUGGUUUUUUUUCCACCAGAAUCCCAUGCAUAUAUGGAGGUGAUGAACGCAGAGGUGCCUCUCAGCUCCUCGUAGCUGGGAGGAUAAAUUGGAGUCUGGCUCACUGAAGGGCCAAAAUUUAAAGAACAAAAGCAAAUCCUAUCAUUACUAGAAACAUUUCAAUUUUAGAACCAAGAGGGGAUUCUUGUAUUUUUUUAUUUUUCACUCUUCCCUAUCUUUGGGGGUGUUCGCUCUGCUCUGACCAUACCUUAAAACAGGGCUGGUCCCUUUCACUUGUGGCUUCUCUGUGCAAGCAGGAUGCUCUCGUGUCCCAGGUACAAGCGCAGCGUAGGUGCACAGGUGCUAAACUUGUUACCCUUGUUUAACCUGAAUACUGAAUAUAUAGAUCCUAGUGUUAAGAGACACUCUUGAAAGCUUCUCUUCGUGUGGACUGAGCUACCUGGAGCUGUCUUCCACAGUAUUUCCCGUCUGCAGGGAGCCACCGCUGCAGUCAUCAGGAGUUGAAAGGGGUUUCUGAGUGAAGGCUUGGCAGGAAGCUGUUGAUCAGAAGGUAUGUGAGGAAGUAAAACACGAGCAAUGGUGGCAGGUAAUACAAGCUUGAAGUGAGCUGGCUUCUGUCAGGAGCGUCUCCCAGGGCCUGUGAACGGCAGCCGCAGACACAGGCAGGAACUUGAAUUUUCCUCUGGGCUGGGCCAGUGGAUUCCUUGAGCAGCCCUGCAGCAUAUAUUCUGUUACUUUCUGUGUCACGCAUUUUGCUCACAGGUUCUCCUUAGGUGCCAGCACCACGUAGGCGUGAAGCGUUACAAAUCCUCGCUGAUCACGUUGGAGUAGCAAACCACAGCGGCUACGUGCGCUGUCUCUCAAGCAGCCCGGCUCGUGUGCUCCACGGCUGGUUUCACCCUGUGCUUCGGGGUGAAGCCGUGGCCUGGAGCGUGGGAUGGGGCAGGAGGUGGUGACAGAAAACAAUCUCUGUGUUGGAUGGCAAAGGACCCUGAUCAGUAUUUGAAACCCUUGAGCAGGGGGAGCCCUCUCUCAAAUUAUUUGGGGGUAUUAAGGGUUCCUGAGCUCUUUUUGCCUCCCUGUUCCCCCAGGAUCCAAGGGAAAGCACUUGGGUAAUGUGGAAAACUUCCUUAGUCAACGAGAGCAGCUUUACCUUCCUCUGCUCAGGGGACCUCUGUCUUUAUCAGCUGCAAGCUGAAAAUCUGCCGCUGAGCUGGAGCCUGCAGGACUCUGGCUAGCACAAGGGAGAACCGACCGAAGUGUCUUGAUGACAGGUUGUCGUGACAUAGGUGCCUUUCUGACACGGAGCGGGGUGACUGUAGCUCUGCCUCCGGCUGCGGCGGCUGCUGCCGAGGGCUGUGGCCUCUGGACACCAACCUCGUAUGAGCCAGCCCCGAGCCAACACGCUCCUCCAGGUGACUGCGUAAUCUGUCUGGGGGGAAAUUGUUCACUGUGAAUGUAGACGGAACACAUUUCCUCAUAGGUAUUAUUCAAAUUAAUUUAGCCACCCCAACAAAAAAAUGGGGAGUGGAGAGAGCUUUGUUUUAAAUCUUGUGCUUCACCUCUCCCCGCUUCCCAAGAGGGCUAAAUUCUUCCUAAGCAGCUUGUGAGCAUCAAAACUUCACCUGAAGGAACAGGGCAGCGUGGCAGUCGCCAGCUGUCCGAUAUGGGUGUUUCUUGUGCCGCGUUAUGGAACAGGUCCUGUUUGCUGUAACGGUAUCGGAUUAUUUUUUGUAUUUGAGCUUUUCCCAUUCUUUCAGCCAAUAAAUGAUAAACUGCUUCCUUCUCUUCCCCCUACGCUGGUGACCCAAUGUAUGUGUUUAAGACAUUUUCCGAAACUGAGAGAUCAAGUCUUUGAAUAAAUGAUCUAUAAAGUGGUUAGCUUAACAAAAUAUAUGUCUCAAAACCUCAUGAACUUGAGAAUGAGUCAGUAUUACCCAUCAAAGGUGGAAUAAAGGUGUGGAGCAAUAA